AGGUUUUGUCGGCAGCUCCCGAGCACGCAUCGCUCUCCACUCUCUCUGCACUAGCUCUUAGCUACCUUACCUUUGGAAAGCCCGUUCCCCUCUAUGCUAAGGCUGUUUCUCUCAGCGCCGACAGCAGGAUUUCAAACCGAAGCUGUUUGAAACACGCCGGCUCUGUUAGACGCUCGUCCCGCCACGGAGAAGCUCCGACAGGAUUGAAUUAAACAUAGAAGACGGGCCUUUUCUUUUCUUCUUUCUUCUUUGUUUUGGUGUUUUUUUUUACCUCAGAAAAGAGCUGGAGCCGGUUGACUGACUCGCACCUCCGCUCAUCUUCAACCUUAACGUUACUUCUCCGCAUCUUUUACUUCAGUCGGAGAAGAGGAGGAAAGCCGAGGCUGAACGCUGUAUUUUUAACAACCAAAAACUCAAAAGUCCGAAAGUGAGCUGUCGUGGGACUGUUGGGACGGUUCUGGCUCUGGCCGAAAUGUGAAGAGUCCGAGAGCCGCGCACAGCUCCAGCCGCAAAGGCGCUCUCCGUCCCGGGCGAGCCGAGCAUGUACCCACAGCCUCAGAGCUUCCAACUCAACGCCGCUGGUCGUGCUUCGAGCCGCGGAGGAGCUCCUUCAGCCUCCACCGUCCACCCCCUUUCACAAUUUUUUGAAACCGACCGAAUCUCUCAGAGAGGUGCGGAUCCUAAUGAUGAGUGUCUUUGAGAUCCGUUCUCAUGGACUGUUGUGACUGCAGUGACUUCCGGCCAAACAUGAGGAGAAUGUCCAAGCCAAGCACAAUGGCAUGCUCAGCGUGGAGUCUCUCAACCCUCUGCUGCCUGAUGUUUGCUUUGGCUGCUAUACAAUGCACUGAAGGGUUCAGUCGGGCAGCGUUGCCGUUUGGUCUGGUCAGGCGGGAGCUGUCAUGUGAAGGUUACCCCAUUGACCUGCGCUGUCCAGGAAGUGAUGUCAUCAUGAUCGAGAGUGCUAAUUACGGGCGGACGGAUGACAAGAUCUGUGAUGCCGACCCCUUCCAGAUGGAAAACAUCAACUGCUACCUCCCUGACGCAUACAAGAUAAUGUCCCAAAGGUGCAAUAAUCGAACCCAGUGCAUUGUCAUUACUGGAUCGGAUGUCUUCCCUGACCCUUGCCCAGGAACUUACAAAUACCUUGAGGUCCAGUAUGAGUGUGUCCCCUAUAAAGUGGAGCAAAAAGUUUUUGUUUGUCCUGGAACUCUGAAAGCUGUUGGAGAUCCUUCCUUUCUCUUUGAAGCGGAGCAGCAAGCCGGGGCCUGGUGCAAGGACCCACUUCAGGCUGGCGACAAAGUUUACUUUAUGCCCUGGACUCCAUACCGAACUGAUACUCUAAUCGAGUACUCGUCACUCGAUGACUUCCAGAACUCACGACAAACCACAACAUACAAACUGCCCCAUCGAGUGGAUGGGACCGGAUUCGUGGUAUAUGACGGGGCUGUGUUUUUUAACAAGGAAAGAACACGCAAUAUAGUAAAGUUCGACCUCCGGACCCGGAUCAAGAGCGGUGAAGCCAUCAUCAACAACGCCAACUACCACGACACCUCGCCAUACAAGUGGGGUGGAAAGACAGACAUUGACCUGGCGGUGGAUGAGAAUGGCCUGUGGGUGAUCUAUGCCACCGAGCAGAACAAUGGCAUGAUGGUCCUGAGCCAACUGAACCCCUAUACACUCCGCUUCGAGGCCACAUGGGAGACAGCCUACGACAAGCGUUCGGCCUCCAAUGCCUUCAUGAUCUGCGGUGUCCUCUAUGUGGUCAGGUCCACAUACGAGGACAACGAGAAUGAAGUCAGCAAAGGCCUCAUCGACUACAUCUACAACACCAAACAGAGCCACGGCGAGUUUGUGGAUAUUAACUUCCCCAACCAGUACCAGUACAUCGCAGCUGUGGAGUACAACCCCAGGGACAACCAGCUCUAUGUGUGGAAUAACUUUUACAUCCUACGCUACAACCUGGUUUUCGGACCCCCUGAUCCAGCUCAUGCACCACCUAUCUCUGAAGUCACCUCGGCGCCAGUGCUGCCGCGAACAACGACUACUACGACGACAACAACAACCCAACAAAAAGGCCUAGUGACGACCAUAACCACUACGGGAACGCGAGUUGGUAACAAACCCCCAAAACCCCCAGCAGCUCCGCCCCGGACCACUACUCCUCCGUCCCUGGACUCUUUCCCUCCCCCUGAGCGCUUCUGCGACAGCGUGGAGCGCAGGGACAUUAUUUGGCCACAGACUCAGAGGGGCAUGCUAGUGGAGCGGCCUUGCCCCAAAGGAACCAGAGGCACUGCCUCCUACCUGUGUGUGCUCUCCACUGGGGCUUGGCACCCGAAAGGCCCUGAUCUAAGCAACUGCACCUCCCACUGGGUCAAUCAAGUAGCUCAGAAGAUCCGGAGCGGGGAGAAUGCAGCCAACCUGGCCAACGAGCUGGCCAAGCACACCAAAGGACCCAUCUUCCCUGGUGACAUCAGCUCCACCAUGAGGCUCAUGGAGCAGCUGGUGGACAUCUUAGAUGCUCAGCUGCAAGAGCUGAGGCCUAGCGAGAAGGACUCUACUGGACGGAGCUUCAACAAGCUUCAAAAACGAGAAAGGACAUGCAGGGCGUUUAUGAAGGCUAUCGUGGAUACGGUUGACAACCUCCUCCGUCCUGAGGCUCUGAAGUCCUGGCGAGACAUGAACAGCACAGAGCAGACACACGCUGCAACCAUGUUACUGGAUACUCUGGAGGAAGGAGCUUUCGUCCUUGCUGACAAUCUUAUGGAACCAGCCAUUGUGAAAGUGCCAGCUAGCAAUAUAAUCCUUGAUGUUUACGUGCUGAGCACAGAUGGCCAGGUGCAGGAUUUCAAGUUUCCACAGAGCAGCAAGGGCGGUAUAUCUAUCCAGCUGUCUGCCAAUACUGUUAAGCUGAACAGUCGGAAUGGUGUUGCCAAGUUGGUUUUUGCUCUGUACAAAAAUCUGGGCCAGUUCCUGAGCACAGAGAACGCAACGAUCAAACUUGGCAGCGAGGCUCACGGCCGCAACCUCUCCGUGGCGGUGAACUCUGACGUCAUCGCCGCCUCAAUCAACAAGGAGUCCAGUCGCGUCUUCAUAACAGAGCCUGUGAUUUUUACCCUGGAACACAUCGAUAUGCAACACUACUUCAACUCAAACUGCUCCUUUUGGAAUUACUCUGAGAGAAGCAUGAUGGGAUACUGGUCCACACAAGGUUGCAGGCUCAUUGAUUCCAACAAAACCCACACAACCUGCUCCUGCAGCCAUCUCACAAAUUUUGCCAUUCUCAUGGCUCAUCAAGAAGUAUUGGGCCCGGAUGGCUUGCACAAGUUGCUCCUGACAGUCAUCACGCGAGUGGGCAUUGUGGUCUCCCUUAUCUGCCUUGGCAUGUGCAUAUUCACUUUCUGCUUUUUCCGAGGCCUGCAGAGCGACAGGAACACGAUCCACAAAAACUUCUGCAUAAACCUCUUCAUUGCUGAACUCACCUUCCUAAUUGGCAUCGAUAUGACAGAGUACAGGAUUGACUGUUCGGUCAUUGCUGGGAUCUUGCAUUAUUUCUUCCUGGCCUCUUUUGCUUGGAUGUGCUUGGAGGGAGUUCAGCUCUAUCUCAUGCUGGUGGAGGUCUUUGAGAGCGAAUAUUCGCGGAAGAAAUAUUAUUACGUCUCGGGCUACCUCCUUCCUGCCAUUGUGGUGGGGGUCUCUGCAGUAGUGGACUACAGAAGCUAUGGGACAACAAAAGCAUGCUGGCUGAGAGUGGACAACCACUUCAUUUGGAGCUUCAUUGGGCCUGUUACCUUCAUCAUUAUGCUUAAUCUCAUCUUCCUGGUCAUCACAAUGUACAAAAUGGUGAAGCACUCCACUUCAUUGAAACCUGACUCCAGCAGGUUGGAAAACAUAAAUAAUUAUCGCGUUUGUGAUGGCUACUAUAAUACCGAUUUGCCUGGCUAUGAAGAUAAUAAACCAUUUAUCAAGUCCUGGACCCUAGGAGCUUUCGCACUGCUGUGUCUUGUGAGCCUCACCUGGUCCUUCGGAUUGUUCUUCAUCAAUGAGAAAUCAGUGGUGCUGGCUUAUCUCUUCACCAUCUUCAACACCUUCCAGGGGAUGUUCAUCUUCAUCUUUUACUGUCUGCUGCAGAAAAAAGUUCGUCGAGAGUACAGCAAAUGUUUCCGCCACACAUACUGUUGCGGUGGCUUGCCAACUGAGAACUCCCACAGUUCCACAAAGACAGCAACAACAAGGACAAGUGCACGCUACUCCUCCGGCACUCAGAGUCGAAUCAGGAGGAUGUGGAACGACACUGUAAGAAAGCAAUCUGAAUCCUCCUUUAUCUCAGGGGACAUCAACAGCACAUCAACCCUCAACCAAGGAAUGACGGGCAAUUAUCUACUAACAAACCCACUUCUACGGCCCCAAGGCACUAACAACCCAUACAAUACCUUACUGGCCGAAACGGUCGUAUGUAACACUCCUACGGCUCCUGUCUUUAACUCUCCAGUGACCUACAGAGAGACAAGACACUCAAUGAACAAUGCCAGGGAUACAAGUGCAAUGGAUACUCUACCGCUAAAUGGUAACUUCAACAACAGCUAUUCGCUUCGGAACGGCGACUACGGCGACAGCGUGCAGGUGGUGGACUGCGGACUUGGCCUGGACGACGCUGCCUUUGAGAAGAUGAUCAUCUCAGAGCUUGUGCACAACAACCUCAGGGCCUGUGGCAAAAGCCACCGCUCUGAGUCACGCAUUAACACCAAAAAGGUGGCAGGGGCAGACGUUGGCAGCCAGGAUGACAUUAUUGUAGCUGAAACUUCAUCUUUGGUGCACUUGGGCACUGAGACUAAUCAUAUAGUGGGGGGGCUGAGCCUGCACCCUCAUCACCACCAUACCCACAACCCCCACCAUCCACGUGAACUGGAGGCCCCAUUAAUUCCUCAGCGGACUCACUCGCUCCUGUACCACACACAGGAGAGAGCGAGGACCGAGCCGGCUGCCCCGCUGCCGCCCCAUAGCUAUGCCACCCAGCUACCCGCCCAGCCCCAGGCCCAGGACAGCCUGCAGUCGCCCAACAGAGACUCGCUGUACGCCAGCCUGCCCAAUCUGAGAGACUCACCCUCGGCCGAGAGCGGCCCGGACACACUCGAGGACCUCUCACCCUCUAAACAAAGCGAAAGCGAGGACGUUUACUAUAAGAGCAUGCCCAACUUAGGGGCUAGCAGCCAGCAGCUCCACGCCUACUAUCAGAUAAGCAGGGGAAGCAGUGACGGUUACAUAAUCCCCAUCACUAAAGAGGGCUGCAUCCCAGAGGGAGAUGUACGGGAAGGACAGAUGCAACUAGUCACAAGCCUUUAAAAAAAAAAAAAAAAAAAAAAACAGUUUGAAUUUUUUCAAUCAGCUCCACUCACCGGGACAAUGUGUACUGGGGGGGAUGGUUACAGAAGAACGUUUCAAAUCACUCUUCCUCUUUCUUCCUUUCACUUCGUUCUGCCACUCUUUCACUGGCAUCCCCCCAAAGAUGAACAAGGCCAGAGCUCGGCCGGAUCGCAGCGCGAUUCCGCUCGUUCGAAUUCUCACCGACCCGACUGUAAAUACAACGUCGUUCGAACGCGGGGUUUGACGGACAAGCGAAGUCUUCAUCCAAUAGUGCUGCUGCUGUUAAAUGACUAAUAACAAUGGAAUGAUUUCACAUAAAAAAAUAGAAAAAUGUACCAAAAAAAUAGUAUUUCUCAUUUCAGCGCAUACAAAUGUUUGUCAGAAUUGUACAUAGGUUCACAAUAUUUCAAAUCCAAUUUUGUAUUAUAUACAAAAUGGAGUGUCCAGGACCUAAGCAGAUAUGUGUACUACGAUUGUAUAGAGAUAUUCCUAAUGGGACUUGUUCAUUUAGGAAUUCACUACCCUGGAUCCAAGGCCCCUUCUUUACAACGAAGAUUGGAUUGUGCUGUAUAACCACUAGCAAUCAAACCCCAGGCCUUAUCUUUUCUCAGUUGUACAGUAAAAACCAUCAAGGGUAAUGGCAUAAAAAAUAUAUAUUUUGUUGUAUUUCUGGUGUACAAUAAAAAAGGCAACCAUAAGUUAUAAAAAGGAUACAUUUUAAUUAAGUCUUUAAUUAAGGCAAUUCUGGAGAGACUAUUGUGUGAAAGUUGCACAUAUAUAACAAAAAAAAUGUGUUUAUUCUUACACUUCAUUCAUUGUGGUGUGUUUGGAAGAGGAUUAAGAUGAAAUGAGCGAGCGCAGAGCUUAGAAAGGUUGCUGACAUCAAAUUCUGUCUCGUUCAUGAAAAUGAGUUUGCUGCACCAAAGCAUCGGGCUUUAGUAUCAAAUUAGGAUUUUCUCGCCCUGUUUAAAAAGAUUCCGUGCGAAUCUGGACAGGCAUGAAAGUCACUCAAGACCACAGCCAAACAUCAUAUGAGGCUUUUCCAGACACGUUCUUCCAGCUAGGUUCAGAUAUUUAUUUAUUAAAUUAUUCUCAAAGAAAAAAAAACGAACCAAAAAAAAACAAACAAGAAAAAAAGGUACUUUGGAACCGUUCUUUUUGUGAAUACAUUACAGCACUGGUUCAUUCUUUGCAUUACCAUGUUAUUAAGGAGCCCAUACAAAAAUGUAAAGUUCAACACUUGUUUAACAAUAAAUAAAUGUGAAUUUUUUUGGCUA